CCCCUCGCACUUCUAGCUGGUGCUUUUUUUUUGCCGGUUUUGUUUGUUUCGUUAUCACAGCUAGACGUCGAGAGCCUACAUCAUGACGCUCUUCAUCCUCACGGAGACCAGUGCGGGCUAUGCCCUGCUCAAGGCCAAGGACAAGAAGCUCCUGAAGAGAGACGACCUCACCACUGAGGCUGCUACCGCAGAGGGUGUUUCUAACCUUUUGAAAUUGAAGAGCUUCCAGAAGUUCGACAGCGCCGCGACUGCCCUGGAGGAAGUUGCUGCUCUCGUGGAAGGAAAGGUUACCCCCCGUCUGGCCAGCCUCUUGGACGAAGUCAAGGAUGAGAAGAAGGUCUCUCUGGCUGUUUCCGACCCCAAGCUCGGAAACGCCAUUGGAAAGCUUCCUGGCCUCUCCAUCGAGUUGGUUGCCGACUCCUCCACCACCGACAUCUACCGUGCCAUCCGUGAACACCUGCCCACUCUCAUUCCCGGCCUUCUUCCCCAGGAUAUGUCUACCAUGGCCCUGGGUCUGUCGCACUCUCUUGCUCGUCACAAGCUCAAGUUCUCCCCCGACAAAAUCGACACCAUGAUUGUGCAGGCUAUCGGUCUGUUGGAUGAUCUGGACAAGGAACUCAACAACUACGCCAUGCGUGUUAAGGAAUGGUACGGCUGGCACUUCCCCGAGCUGGCCAAGAUCUUGAACGACAACAUCGCCUACGCAAGACUCGUCCUGAAGAUGGGCAUGCGCACUAACUGGGAGACUGCCGAUCUCGCCGAGAUCCUCCCCGAGGAGAUUGAGGGUGCCGUCAAGGCCGCCGCUGAUCGGUCCAUGGGUACCGAGAUCAGCCAGGAGGACUUGGAGCACAUCCAAGCUCUGGCCGAGCAGGUCGUUGGCUUUGCCGAAUACCGUCAGCAGCUGGCUGGCUACCUCACCGCCCGUAUGAACGCCAUUGCCCCCAACUUGACUGCCCUUGUCGGUGACCUCGUCGGUGCUCGUCUCAUUGCCCACGCCGGUAGCUUGACCAACCUGUCCAAGAGCCCUGCUUCUACCCUCCAGAUUCUGGGUGCCGAGAAGGCCCUGUUCCGUGCCUUGAAGACGAAGCACGAUACUCCCAAGUACGGUCUGAUCUACCACGCCUCUUUGAUCGGCCAGGCUACUGGCAAGAACAAGGGUAAGAUGGCCAGAGUGUUGGCCGCUAAGGCCUCCCUGGGUCUCCGUGUGGAUGCCCUGGCCGAGUGGGAUGAUGAUGCCACCGAGGAGGACAAGGCUGCCCUCGGUACCGAGGCCCGCUACAACCUCGAGCGCAAGUUGGCCGCCAUGGAGGGCAAGCCCCUCAAGCCCCGCGGUGUGGCUAUCGCCCCCAACGGCACCGCUCAGCCCCAGAAGUUCGACCUCAACGAGGCCCGGAGAUACAACCCCGAUGCUGACGCUCUGACCGGCGACGAGCCCCCGGCUUCCGCCAAGAAGAGCAAGAAGGACAAGAAGCUCGUUGAGGAGGUCGAGGACGAGGAGAUGGCUGAUGCCGCUUCCGACGACGAGGGAGACUCCUCCGACGAAGACUCCGAGGAGGAGUCCUCCAAGAAGAAGAAGAAGAGCAAGGACUCCGAGCUCGAGAAGCUGGCCGAGCAGGCCGGCCUGAGCGUCAAGCGGUACAAGCGCAAGCUCGAGCGGGGCGAGAUCCAAUUCGACGCCGAGGGCAAGCCCAGCUCCGUCAGCAAGAAGGACAUCAAGAAGGCCAAGAAGGACGCCAAGAAGGCCGCCAAGGGCGAGGAGAAGAAGCGCAAGCGCUCCGACGACGGCGAGGAGGUCGACACCAGCGACAAGAAAAAGAAGAAGAAGAGCAAGAGCAAGAGCGACGAGUAAAGGGGACGACCCCAGUUUUUUUUUAUAAAAGAGAAAAAAGUUCUUCUUUCCUCACCCCACCUUCUAACUGAUGGCUACGCUUCGAGAGAUGUUUCCUUGUAUGAUAUCACACACAUCUUUUGUGUCUCUUUUCCUAUUGUCCUUUUGCUAUUUGAGUUGAUGUGUUAUAUCGUGUGUUUGGGUGGCAUUUCCAAAGAAUGGAUGGAAGCAUUUUUCACAUCCUAUCCCAUGGCGCAGAGGUGCUUUUUUUGGUCAAGGCAGUUCGAAUUCCAGGAAUAAUGUUAACUUCAGAAAAAAAAUUUGUGCUGCA